GGCUUAUUUUUGUGUGUGGCGCAAUAUCGGUGCAACAGGAAAAAUAUUCCGUAUAUGUUUGCCAAAUAGCCACUUCAGUCAAUCGGUGUUUAACAGUCGCAAAUCUUUACAAAACCAGAUUUUAUAAACGCGACGGCGUACAAAGAUGAAUACCGAAGCUGAUCUCUUUUAUCGUCGGCUCCCUAAAGUGGAACUUCAUGCGCAUCUUAAUGGCUCUGUGAGUUUUGAAACUAUGGAAACGCUCAUAAAGCAAAAACCUCAUCUGAACAUCAAGCACAACAUGACUGCAAUCCGCAGUGGACAGCGCCGCACGCUGGACGAAUGUUUUCAAGUGUUUAAAGCAAUCCACCAGCUGGUUGAUUCAGAAGAGGAUAUACUAAUGGUUGCCAAAUCAGUCAUUCGAGAGUUUGCAGCUGAUGGAGUGAAAUAUUUGGAAUUACGCAGCACACCUCGGGAAGUGACUGGCACAGGUCUCACUAAGAAAAGAUACAUUGAAACUGUGCUCGAAGCCAUUCGCCAGUGCAAAGAAGAGGAUGUUGACAUUGAUGUCAGGUUCAUUGUGGCUGUGGACCGCAGACAUGGACCUGAGGUUGCCAUGGAGACCGUGAAGCUGGCAGAAGAAUUCCUGCUUUCCAGUGAUGGAAUGGUAGUUGGACUUGACCUCAGCGGAGACCCAACAGUCGGUCAUGGAAAAGAUUUGCUCUGUGCACUUCAAAAAGCCAAAAACUGCGGCCUGAAGCUGGCGCUGCAUCUCUCAGAGAUACCUUCCCAGAAUGAUGAGUCUGAGCUGUUGUUGGAUUUGCCGCCUGAUAGAAUCGGCCACGGAACCUUUCUACAUCCGGAGGUUGGAGGGUCAGAUAGUCUUGUGGAUAAAGUUUGCAAGCAAAACAUUCCCAUCGAGAUGUGUUUGACGUCCAAUGUCAAAGGUAAAACCGUGUCUUCAUACGAUAAGCAUCAUUUCCAGUACUGGUAUAACCGUGGACAUCCGUGUGUUCUCUGUACGGAUGAUAAAGGGGUGUUCUGUUCAGACCUCUCUCAGGAGUACCAGUUGGCUGCUUCUACUUUUGGGUUGAAUCAGGAGGCUGUGUGGAGACUCUCCCAACAAGCCAUCAAAUAUGCCUUCGCCCCUGAGCCGAUCAAACAGAGGCUUGAGAAGAAGUGGGUGGAGCUCAGGCCACAGAUUCUCCAAUGAGGAAGUUCAAUGACGCCGGCUAAUUUUGCUAACAGCCUAGAUUUUAGAAUUAAAAUGUAUACAGAUCUUAAUAUUUUAAUGUUUAUGUUUAUAUAAAAUCUGUUAAAUACACACCUAUUAAAGAACAUAUCAUGAAAAUCUGACUUUUUCCAUGUUUAAGUGCUAUAAUUGGGUCCCGAAUGCUUCUAUCAACCUAGAAAAUGUGGAAAAGAUCAACCCAGUAACUUAGUUUGGUAAACCAUUCUCUGCAAGCAUGUGAAAAAAAUAGGUCAUCAAAAUUUGGUUCCCCUUGUGAUGUCAGAAGGGGAUAAUACCGUCUCUUAAUCUGCACUAUCCAGCCACAGCACUGGCAUUUAGUGCAAAGAUCAUCAGCUCAUUUGCAUUUUAAAGGACACACCAAAAACAGCACAUUUUUAAUCAAACCUACAAAGUGGCAAUUUUAACAUGUUAUAAUAAAUUAUCUAUAUGGUAUAUUGAGAUAAAACGUCACAUACAUAAAACUUCUUAUACAUGGGGACUCCAAAGAUUUAUUUUACAUCUUAAAAAAAGUCUUGUGAAAUGUCACCUUUAAUGUAACCUGAUUAAUAUUUCUAAAUAAUUGAUCUUAAUUUAUUUUAGUGUUUAUGCAUUCAGGUGUAAAACAUAACAUGUUUAAACUGUCAUUGCUCUAGUGCAGUGGUUCUCAAACUGGGGGCCGCGAGAUUGUGCCAGGGGGGCCCCAGUUUUAUGACAUUUCAUAAAACACAUUAAUUUAUCAUGAAUUCUGUGUAAUUAAACCUAAAAAAAAAAAUAAGGCUACUAACCAACAGCACUACUUUGUAUACUUUAAUAUGUUUUGUCUUAUUAAAUGUUACGUUUUAGAACAAAUUUGUUAUAAAAAAAAUUUGGGGGGCCGCGAAGGAAUGCACCAUAUACAAGGGGGGCCGCACGCUGAAAAAGUUUGAGAACCACUGCUCUAGUGUUGUGUCUUGAGACCCCAAAUUGUCUUGCCACCAGAGGGCAGCAGCUCUUUUACUUUCUAAGGUUGAAUUUCUUAAGGUGAAUCCAUUUUCAUUAGGCAGACAUGACCAGCUGGGUUUAUUUGUAGUAGUAACUUAAAGUUGUAGUGUUUAUAUAGUAAUCGUGUACCUUUUCUGAACCUGUUCUUGGGUAGGUUUAUUGGAGGCC